UGUGCCUGAGCCUGCUCAUUUCCUAGUUGCUCCCCCGAUGGCCCGCUUGCAACAUCACGAUGUGAGCGGGUCCUUACGUUUCGGCGCGCAUUUUCAAAAUUAGAAUUACGUUUAAAAAUUCUGUGUUGUGCUGUGUUGAGUGUCGAUUGUUUUGUGUUCUAUAUUUAAACAUGGAUUUAUUUUUGGAAUGCCAGUGAGGUGAUACCGUUACAUCGUACAGUGACAGUGCCUUUAGUGAAGUGACACAACCAAACGUUUACAUCUACGUAAAUUUUUGAUUUUAGACUUAUCGAACGCGAGUUCGGCAAGCUAAAAUCGACUCUAUCCAUUGGCAUUCUUUCUUUUCAAACUUUUUACAUCGACUCUUCUUUCUGCUCUCGUUUUCUCUUUACAGAUUUUUGUUUUCAAUAUCUCCUAUGAAAUAGUUACGGGAACAAGUGGAAUACAAUACAAAUAGUGCCUUAAUAGUUUUUUACGAGCGAAAGGGAUUUAAAACAACAACCACGGAGACAAAAUGCCAAAAAACUCGUUGCUCUUCAAAAAGAUAAUACCUGAAAUUAACUUUGCCAAACGAAAUCUCACGUCACCUCUGGGCCGGAACAUAUACAUUAGUUAAAACUGGUGCUUGAAUCAACAAAGUUGACAAACUGUUGGGUGCCAUAGCAUUUCAAAAAAUCAAAAAAAGUUGCCUUAAAGUACCGACCAAGUCGAAAAAACUGCAGUGAUACUAGUGCUAACGGUAAGCGAUGCGAAUCCAAUUCGCACUGCUGGUAAAUCAUUGGCCGAAAGUCACUUAAAAAUUAAAAAUUGAAAAACUUUUCGACGUUCGAAAAUUUGAAUUUGGAACGAUGAACAAUAAUCAGUUCCACGAGUUGUUCGGGUCGCAAUGGCCGCCGGACCAGCAUGGCGGCCACUCGUCGGCCUCGACGAUGCUGCAUCAGACACAGGGGCUGCCUCAAGGGAUGCAGCUGAAGAGAGAACCCCAUACCGAGGUCCAGGGGGUUAUGCACAACCAGAUGGGAAUGGACAUCACCUCGGGAUCUGUCGCUGACAGCACCUCCCCGCCCCCUGGCAGCAGUGAGGGGAUGUUCGGAUCUUCCAUCUCUGGAAUGUUCAUGGAUAAGAAAGCCGCCAAUUCCAUUAGAGCCCAAAUCGAGAUCAUACCAUGCAAAGUGUGCGGAGACAAGUCAUCCGGGGUCCACUACGGGGUGAUCACCUGCGAAGGAUGCAAGGGUUUCUUCAGGCGGUCACAGAGCACAGUGGUGAACUACCAGUGCCCGCGGAAUAAGGCGUGCGUGGUGGACCGGGUCAACCGAAAUCGGUGCCAGUACUGCCGGCUGCAGAAGUGCCUGAAGCUUGGGAUGAGCCGUGAUGCGGUGAAAUUCGGCCGUAUGUCCAAGAAGCAACGGGAGAAGGUGGAAGACGAGGUGCGGUUUCACAGAGCCCAGAUGAGAGCUCAGACUGACGCGGCGCCGGACUCUGUGUACGACGCACAGCAACAAACGCCGAGCUCAAGCGACCAAUUCCACGGCCAUUACAAUGGCUACCCGGCCUACGGCUCGCCUCUGUCGUCAUACGGUUACAACAACGCGGGCCCAGCGCUGCCUUCAAACAUGAGUGGGAUGCAGCCAGCGCCGCCGCAGCCUCAGUCGUACGACGUGUCAGCCGACUACGCGGUCGAUUCGACCACGUACGAGCCGAAGCAGACCGGCUUUUUGGACACAGACUUCAUUGGCAACGACGAUCAACAAAAGGGGACGACCAUCGUCCGACCAUCUGGCUCCACCACCACCAAUACCCAGACCACGGCGUCCACCACCAUCCGUCAGUCAGCCAUCAACGAGCUCCCCAGAACUAGAAUACAGGAGUUCGACAGAUACGAUCGCAUCCACUCCCCAACUGGUAGUGGUGUCAUAAAUAUCAAGCAAGAAAUCAAGCCAGAGACUUCAAUGGGGGUCGACAAUUUGGUCGCCAGUUACGUGGACUCCACCACCUUCCUGCAUAGUCCAUCGAACAUCCAACACAGUCCUAUGGACAUCCAGAAUUCUGUUCUCGUCACUGGUCAGAGCUCAGUCUCUUUGACGAGCGAGGAGUUGAGCCCUGACGACCUGACGUCCAGCAGUGGGCAUGGGAGACUGAUGGAUCCAUUGAACAUGAAUAUGAGUGGGAUGGGAAUGGUGAACCCCAAUGCCGUGACAAACAGAAGGCAUCAAGGAUCGAGCCAAAGUGGAUCGUCGACGAGCGAAGAGUUGCCCUCCGAAGGUGACAUCAGCAAGGUCCUGGUGAAGAGCCUGGCUGAAGCCCACGCGAACACCAACCCCAAGCUGGAGUUCAUCCACGAGAUGUUCAGGAAACCACCAGAUGUGUCGAAACUUUUAUUUUACAACUCGAUGACUUAUGAAGAGAUGUGGCUGGACUGCGCCGACAAGCUCACCGGGAUGAUUCAGAAUAUCAUUGAGUUCGCAAAACUCAUACCUGGGUUCAUGAAACUCACCCAGGACGACCAAAUACUGCUUUUAAAAUCAGGUUCGUUCGAGUUGGCCAUCGUGCGCCUUUCGAGACUGAUUGACGUGAACCGUGACCAAGUGUUGUACGGCGAUGUCGUUCUGCCGAUCAGAGAAUGCGUCCACGCGCGUGAUCCCCGUGACAUGGCUCUGGUGGUGGGGAUAUUCGAUGCCGCGAAGACAAUAGCGCGACUCAAGCUGACUGAGACUGAGCUCGCGCUGUACCAGAGCCUCGUGCUUCUCUGGCCAGAACGACACGGCGUCCGAGGCAACCCUGAGAUCCAGUGCCUCUUCAACAUGUCAAUGGCUGCUAUGAGGCAUGAGAUCGAGACCAACCAUGCGCCCUUGAAGGGAGACGUGACUGUGCUGGACACUCUGCUUACGAAGAUACCAACAUAUCGAGAGCUGUCCCUGAUGCACCUUGAGGCGUUAUGUCGCUUCAAGGCUGCACACCCACACCACGUUUUUCCGGCUCUGUACAAGGAGCUAUUCUCCCUUGACAGUGUACUGGACUAUACCCACGGUUAAGUCCCACGUACGCUGUCCACGGAAAAGGGCUCCCGGAUCGACAAAAAGAUCCACUACUGUCUAAACGACAGUAGUGGAUCUUUUUGUCGAUCCGAUUGUUUGGACUGCACGACAGUCCAAACAAAACCUCGGAUGUCGGCAACAAAACAUUGUUAACCUAUUUAUAAUUGUAUGUAUGUACUUUGAGACUGUUACAAGAUAUUUACGUAUAGGUACGUACGUACAAUAUUAAUAUUUAAAGUUUAUUUAACCUUCAUGAAUAUAAUUAGAUUCGUUGCGGCUGUCCGGGGUUUUGGAAUUUCAGAAUUAUAUUUUUUGUUACGGUUUUAUUUCUUAACAAAAUGAAACCUGUUUUCUGGAUCUUCGCAUGAGUAUACAAGAACCUAGGUUGUUGUAUGCUCAUAUGAAAAUAACGUAAUUAAUUAUCAUAAAUUGUAUGUAACUUUGAUGAAGAAAUAAUAAUUAUUAUAUAAAGAUAUAAUAAUAGAAAUAGAGUUUUUAUUAAGAAAUAAAUAAAGGAGUUAUAACGAUUGUAGCGAGGUAAUAUCACACUUUGUUUUAAGCGAUUCGUUAUAAUAAGUCUUUAUUUUUAACAGUUUUUUUAAAAAGAGAAUUGUAACUUGUUAUUUAUUUCAAAUGAUUAUAUUAUUGAUGUUUUUUUCCUUUUCAAUGUAGAUUUUGUAUAAGUUGUAAAUUAAGAGUAAACGAUACUGCCCAUUUAUGUAUUUCGUUAGCUUUUUGUUUUUUUAUAUUAAUAUAAACGAUUUUUAGUUCAAAAUCAAUUUAAUGAAUUGUGAACCGUUUUCGCGUUUCGCUAAGUCAGCCAUUUGAAGAAGAAUGCAGAACAAAAUUUAGUCGUAAAAUCAUCAUUAAGACAAAUUCUGUGAGGUAUUUUUAAACUUAAAUGUGAAUUUGGCUUGAGACACAAAUCAAUAACACUAUCAGUCCGACUCUAGUACUCCCGGAUUGAUUUGUUAUUGGUUUUGGUUCUUUAGCAGUUAAACUGCCAAUUUCAGGUAACACGACUCUAAUAAAACAAUCUAUUCUUAUCAUAUCCCUGGGUUCUGAAAGAGAUAGCUUGUUUUAUAGUCAAAUUCACAUUUGAGUUUAAAUCUUCCAGAAUUUUCAUGGACAUUUUAAAAAUAAAUAACAUUACGGACAAAUUUCGUUGUACUGAAAGCAGGCAAUUUUAUUUACUUUUUAUAGAAAUGUAAAUUGAUCUCAUUUUUUGCACAUUUCUUCGCUUGGGUGCCAUUUUUGGAUGAUAUCUCACAUUUUUUUGCAUAAUAUGAGAAAACACAAGACUAAAAGCAUAAUAAUUGCAUUGUUGUAUUUUUUUAUUUCUAUAAAACAAAACAGUAUACGUAAUAUACCUUAUAACAGCUUAACGCGUCUUAUCUUGUACGUACCACGAAUAAAUGUAUUUUUAGUUAUUUUUUUAUAUUUUUUUGUUAGUUUUUAUUAGAAAUUGCCUGCUUAUUAAUUAGAAAUAUUAAUAACCAUCAUUUUUCUAACACUACGCUAAGUUUUGUCAAAUAGCCUUUUACAUAUAGACUGGUUUAUAUUUAAUGUUAAAAAGUAUAAAUCUUAACUCGUAUUUGUAAAUAGCUAUUAAUCGUAUGUAUUUUAUAUUAAAUAUUAUUAUAAGGUUUAAUGGGUUAUUUUUAAUUUUACAUUCUUUUUAUGGAAACUAUAUUUAGCACUGGCCAAUACAAGAAUCUCUAUUCUUGUAUUGUCGAGUGAGAUAUAUAGUUUCCUUUAUAUAUAUUAUAUAUAUUUAUAAUUUUUUGUUAAUAAAUCUGUUAUUGUCUAUAA